ACAGAGGGAGGCUAAAGUCGGUAUUUCAAAAUUUCUACGUCAUCUCCCUCCAAAACUUCUGAUAUUCUAGUUCCCCAGUUUGCUAAAGGCACCGAAUCUUGGCUAGGGUUCAGGGUUUUGUAAGAGUGAAAACAAUGGGAAGGUACAGAAGCCGGAGUCGGAGCUACAGCCCUGUGAGAAGCAAUCGCUACGAGGACCGUCGCGACCGGCGCGGAGACCGCCGUUCCCCUGCUCCCUCUGGCCUUCUCGUCCGAAAUAUCUCUCUCAAGUCCAGGCCAGAAGAUCUCAGAGUCCAUUUUGAGCAUUUUGGUCCACUAAGAGAUGUUUAUUUACCAAAAAAUUACUACACUGGAGAACCACGUGGCUUUGGCUUUGUGAAGUUUCGUUAUCCCGAAGAUGCCGCUGAAGCAAAGAAAUACUUAAAUCAUACUGUCAUUGAUGGGCGUGAAAUUCAAAUUGUAUUUGCUGAUGAAAAUAGAAAGACUCCACAGGAAAUGCGUAGGCUUUCAAACACAAAUGGUCGACGGAGCUCCAGAAGACACAGUCCUUCAAGAUCACCUCGGCGGAGAUAUCGCUCCUAUUCGCGCUCACCCACCCCAACACGACAAGAUUUGAGUUAGAGAAAGAAUUUAUAGCUUAGUUGGCCAAAGAAAGAUUCCAUCUUCAAAGAUGCAAGAUUUUAUAGUUUUGCUGAUUGAGAUGUGAUGGGAUUUGACAAAGGAACCAUGGAGACUUUGAAGCUUACUGAUAUCCUUAAACAAUGUUUGCAUCAAAAUGUAAUUUUCCCGAGACUUUGAAAGAACAUACAGGUAAUAGUCAUGAUUCAAUCACUGGAUUUUGCAAGGGAACAUACACUAUGGUUUGUUUGAUGUUGACAGUGAUUUGUGGGAUUCUUGUGUAAUUUUGAUUUUUGAGUUGCUAUGCACCUACUCAUGAGAUAACAGAGUCAUUGUCAAUAUGGUUACUUUUAAAGAAAAAUCAUCAAAUGUUGCUAAUGAGUUGAUAUGCCUUCUUUGCAUCCUCUUGUAGUUUCUUACCCUAUCUGUUUUGCUUAUUUGUCUAAAGAGACAGAGAUCGUCAUGGAAGGGGUGACUACUAUUCUCCAAGGAGAUCCAGAUCACUAUCAAGAUCUCUCUCCCCUAGGGGUGACAGGUCAAUGGAUAGGAGGGCAAGGCGGUCCAGA